GUUUCCGUCACUCUUCGGUCGCUCGGGCUGCCUAUUUUUUCUUUUUCUUUUUCUUCCUGAGCGCCGUUUGCCCUUCAUCCUGCAUCACAUCGCCUGCUGCGAGUCGGCAGACUUUCAAUCGCUGCAGCGUCUCGGGUCUCGCAUUGGAUGUUUUUGCCCCAAAAAGCCCCUUGCGUCACUGACCGAUAAAACCUAAACCAGCAGCUCAGCUCCGACUUCAUCGCUGCGUCCGAGCCUCGAUUCGAUUCGACCGACCGACCGACGAGCAUGCGGUAACGACCUGGUCCUCUAGUCUGAAAGAGUUGGAUCGCAAUCAUGGAUCCGUACGACGAGCAAAAGGUGCUGCUGCACUCUGGCUCGUUCACCGGCUACCGGCCAUUACAGGAGCUGGGAAGCCACUAUCUCGCCGCGUCCGCCUCUUGCAAGCGCUUCUGCGGCAAUGAAGAGGGCUGGGGCCCUUUGAGUCCGUAUCGGUGGGAUUUUACGCCUUGCUUUGUCGAUGUGUGGAUUGCCUCUGUUGCCGCCUAUGGCGUCCUCUUUGGCGCCGCUGCCAUCUGGUGGCUGAAGAAGAAGAAGCAGCAGGAAUAUACAACCUCCAAGAACGCGCAUUUCUGGAUUAAACAGACUUUGCUGGCCGCCAUCAUCGCCAAUGUUGCUGUUCAGUUUGCUUUCCAAAUCGUCAGCUACGGAAGCACCUGGUACGCUGAUUUCCGUGCCUGGACCUCAGCCCUCCUCAUCCUUUCCUUGUUUGUCAUCUUUACGAUCCAAUGGUUGGAGCAUUCGCGGUUGAGAAACGCCAAUGGAGUGGUUUUGUUCUACUGGCUACUGCUGCUUAUUUCCUUCGCCGUGAAGCAGCGCUCGUUGAUUUCGCAGCAGCUCUACACCAAGAACCUCCCCUACUUUAUUACCUAUUCCGUCGGUGUUGGUCUUAGCGUGGUUGAGUUUUUAGUCGAGUGGCUCUGGCCUCGUUCCAACCCCAGCGGCUAUGAAGCCAUCCUGGAAGAAGAAGAGUGCCCUGAAGAAUACGCUACUGUCUUCUCCAAGCUCACUUUCUCCUGGAUGACGCCCCUGAUGAGACGCGGCUACAAGGUUUUCUUGACGGAGAACGACCUCUGGGGCUUGACUCGAGCCGAUCAAACCAAGAAGACGGGAGAGGCGCUCGAAGAAGCAUGGAAACACGAGCUCAAACGACGUCCCAACUCGCCGUCGUUGUGGCUGGCCCUGUUCCGAGCCUACGGAGGCCCUUACAUGACAGCCGCUUUCUUCAAGGUUGGAAACGAUGUUGCGCAAUAUAUCCAACCUCAGCUUCUCCGCCUUCUCAUUACCUUCGUCGCUUCCUACCAAGUCGAGUCGAAAAGCUCUGAGGGGACUCCCCAGCCCGUCGUCCAGGGCGCUACAAUUGCGUUCGCCAUGUUCGCCUGUGCCGUCUUCCAGACCACCAUGAUUCACCAAUACUUCCAGCUGGCUUUCGUUACUGGAAUGCGCAUUAAGGGUGGUUUGGCUUCGACAAUCUACCGAAAGUCGCUGCGACUUUCUAAUGAGGGACGAUCGACCAAGACCACCGGUGACAUUGUCAACUACAUGGCCGUCGACGCCCAGCGUCUGCAAGAUCUUACUCAGUUCGCUCAGCAGGCCUGGUCCGCACCGUUCCAGAUUAUCAUCUGCAUGGUUUCCCUCUACAACCUGGUCGGAUGGUCCAUGAUGGCCGGUAUUGUCGUCAUGAUCAUCAUGAUGCCCGUGCAAGGCCUUGUCGCUCGUAUGAUGAGAAACUUGCAGAAAGAUCAGAUGAAGAACAAGGACGCAAGAAGCCGACUGAUUAAUGAAAUCAUCAACAAUAUGAAGAGCAUCAAGCUUUAUGCCUGGGGUUCUGCUUUCAUGGCCAAGCUGAACUUUGUCCGAAACGAGCAAGAACUGAAGAACCUGCGGAGAAUUGGCGCGACCCAGGCUGUGGCCAACUUCACCUGGAAUACAGCGCCCUUCUUUGUCUCAUGCUCUACCUUUACCGUUUUCGUCCUCACCCAGGACCGCCCUUUGACCACGGACAUCGUUUUCCCUGCUCUUGCCCUCUUCAACCUCUUGACUUUCCCCCUUGCUGUGCUCCCUAUGGUCCUUACCUCUAUUGUAGAGGCCUCGGUUGCUGUUGGUCGUCUGACCGCGUUCCUCACAGCGGAGGAGCUGCAGACAGAUGCUGUCACUAUUGGACCAGCUCCUCAGGAGAUGGGAGAGGAGACCGUUCUCAUCCGAGACGGCACUUUCUCUUGGAACCGACACGAGGAUAAGAACGCGCUGACAGAUAUCAACUUCACUGCUUACAAGGGAGAGCUGUCAUGCGUUGUCGGAAGAGUUGGAGCUGGCAAGUCGUCCUUCUUGCAAAGUAUUCUGGGUAGUCUCUUCAAGAUCAAUGGCUCUGCUGAGGUUCGCGGCACUGUUGCAUAUGCUUCCCAGCAAUGCUGGAUUCUCAACGCUACGGUUAAAGAAAACAUCGUGUUCGGGUAUAAAUGGGAUGCCGAUUUCUACGAAAAGACAGUCAAGGCCUGUGCUCUCGUUGACGACUUCGCCCAGCUCCCCGACGGUGAUGAGACCGUUGUGGGCGAACGAGGCAUCUCUCUUAGCGGUGGCCAAAAGGCUCGUGUUUCGCUGGCCCGUGCUGUCUAUGCUAGAGCCGAUAUUUAUCUUCUUGAUGAUGUCUUGUCAGCCGUGGAUUCUCAUGUUGGUCGACACAUUAUUGAAAACGUCCUUGGCACCCGUGGAUUGCUUUCCAGCAAGACCCGUAUCCUCGCUACAAACGCCAUUUCUGUCCUGAAGCAAGCCAGCUACAUCACCCUCCUCAGGGAUGGAGAGAUUGUCGAGAGAGGAACUUAUGAGCAGCUUGUCGCUAGAAAGGGACUUGUUGCUGAUCUCUUGAGAACUGCAGGCCACGAUUCUAACAACGCCUCCAGCAGCAGCUCUUCUGGAGAAUCCAGUGAAACCUCCACCGUUAUUGAGCCUCUCAGCUCUCAGGACAAGGAAGAGCUGGAAGAAGCACAGGAACAAGUGCCGGAAAUGGCUCCCAUUAAGAUUGGGUCCUCCGUAGCUGACAAGCCCAGAUCAAGCAGCAUGGCAACUCUACGACGUGCUAGUACGGCCAGUUUCAAGGGUCCUCGAGGCAAGCUUACCGAUGAAGAAGUCGCGGGCUCCUCCAGGACGAAGCAAGCCAAGGAGCACGUCGAGCAAGGCAAAGUCAAGUGGUCGGUAUACGGCGAGUAUGCCAAGGAGAACAACCUUUUCGCUGUCGCCAUUUACAUGAUUGCGCUGCUCGCAGCCCAGACGGCCAACAUCGGUGGUUCCUUCUGGCUGAAAGAAUGGGCUGAUCAGAACCAGAAAGCGGGUGCCAACUAUGACAUUGGAAAAUUCAUCGGCAUCUACUUUGCUUUUGGUAUCGGUUCCUCGCUCUUGACUGUCAUCCAAACACUCAUCCUGUGGAUCUUCUGCUCCAUUGAAGCCUCUCGUAAGCUCCACGAGCGAAUGGCCAAUGCCAUUUUCAGGUCUCCCAUGUCUUUCUUCGACACCACCCCGGCUGGCCGGAUUCUGAACCGAUUCUCCAGCGACAUUUACCGUGUCGAUGAGGUGUUGGCCCGUACUUUCAACAUGCUCUUUGUCAACGUGGGCAAGUCGGGCUUCACCUUGGGUAUCAUCGCUGUGACCGUGCCCGCUUUCAGCUCUCUCAUUAUCCCCAUUGCCUUGACAUACUACUGGAUUCAGCGCUACUACCUUCGAACAUCCCGUGAGCUGAAGCGUUUGGACAGUGUCAGCCGCAGUCCCAUCUAUGCUCACUUCCAGGAGUCGCUUGGAGGCGUUGCUACUAUCCGCGCUUAUCGCCAACAAGAGAGAUUCCAGCUUGAAAACGAGUGGAGAAUCGAUGCCAACCUUCGUGCCUAUUUCCCGUCCAUCAGCGCAAACCGAUGGCUUGCUGUUCGACUUGAGUUUAUCGGAGCUAUCGUCAUUCUUGCGGCUGCCGGCUUUGGUAUUGUCGCUGUUGCCAGCAACAGCCGUAUUAGUGCCGGUCAGAUUGGUCUGGCCAUGUCAUAUGCUCUGCAGAUUACGACCUCCCUCAACUGGAUUGUCCGCCAGACUGUUGAGGUUGAAACCAACAUUGUGUCCGUCGAGCGAGUACUUGAGUACGCGCGGCUGCCCAGCGAAGCUCCUGAGAUUAUCCCCAGCAGGCGACCUCCUGUUGCAUGGCCUGCCAAGGGCGAGGUCGACUUUAAGAACUACAGCACUCGUUAUCGUGAGGGCUUGGACCUUGUGUUGAAGAACAUCAACCUCGACAUCAAGACUCACGAGAAGAUUGGUGUCGUCGGUCGAACCGGUGCUGGCAAGUCUUCGCUAACACUGGCCCUGUUCCGACUGAUUGAGCCGGUUACUGGUCAAAUCGACAUUGAUAACCUCAACACCUCAUCCAUUGGUUUACUGGAUCUUCGUCGUCGUCUUGCCAUUAUCCCACAAGACGCGGCUCUUUUCGAAGGUACCGUUCGAGACAACCUUGACCCCGGCCAUGUUCACGACGAUAGCGAACUUUGGAGUGUGCUAGAUCAUGCUCGUCUGAAGGAUCACGUAGCUAGCUUGGAAGGCGGCCUCGAGGCCAAGAUCAACGAAGGAGGCUCAAACCUCUCCCAAGGCCAACGACAGCUCGUCUCCCUCGCCCGCGCCAUGCUCACCCCCUCCAACAUCCUCGUCCUCGACGAAGCCACCGCCGCCGUCGACAUCGAGACAGACGCCAUGCUCCAAGCCACCCUCCGCUCCCCGCUCUUCUCCAACCGCACCAUCAUCACCGUCGCUCACAGACUCAACACCAUUCUGGACAGUGACCGCGUCGUCGUGCUGGACAAGGGCGAGGUGGUGGAGUUUGAUACACCGAGUGAAUUGUACAAGAAGCAGGGCAUCUUCUUCAAUCUUAUGAAACAGGCGGGUCUGGAGAUUGAAACCUCUUGAAUAUCUUGACAAGAGAAAAAGAAAAGAUUGUUGAUUUGAUUACAUUUUAUUUUAUUUAUUUCAACUUGUUCAUUUACGUUGUUGUUGUUGUUGUUGUUUUUCCUUUUUUUGACCAUGAGACUGCUGAGAUGGAUGAUUGAUUAUGUAGUAAUUAGGGUAUUAUGAUGCUCAAUGUAUGUAAAAUGAAGGGGCUACAAAAAACAAAACAAAACAGAACAAAAC